AUGUCGUUUGAGAGCUGGAAGAAGUUGAAAAUCAAAAGUGACCCCACCCUCAAGAACACUUCUCAGAUCCUGCCGGUCAAGAAUGACGAGAACAGAUUCAACUUUGCAUCGAUUGACUGUGCUGCCAAAGUCGUCAAGACAAACGAGGGUGCCCAGGAGUCCAAGUCGAUUUUGAUGGAAAACAAAGACAGCUAUCUUGUCAACAAAUGCUCCACAAAAGACCAGUUUCUCAUCAUCGAGUUGUGCCAGGAUAUUUUGAUCGAUUUGAUCGAAAUCGGGAACUUUGAGUUUUUCAGCUCCAACUUCAAGCGCUUCAAAGUUAGCGUCAAUGAGAGGUAUGAGGAUACCAAUUGGAAGCUGUUGGGGGAAUUUGAGGCGUCGAAUUCCCGGACCUUGCAGAAGUUCAAGAUCAUCAAUCCGUUGAUUUGGGCCAAGUUCAUCAAAAUAGAGAUUUUGGAGCACUAUGGUAGCGAGUUCUACUGUCCGAUAUCCUUGGUCAAAGUCUAUGGUAAGACGAUGUUGGAGGAGUUCAAGGAGCAAACCAUUGAACAACCAAGUGUUGAAACCGAUGAGUGCAAAAUCAACUCUACUUUACCAUAUUUGGGAUUGAACGAAUUUUUGAACAGCAUUCCUGAGUACUGUGAAGUGGUGGAGGAGGAAUCCACAGCCACCAACAAUCCACAGGACUCGAUUUUCAAAAACAUCAUCAAACGGCUUUCGCUUCUUGAAUCCAAUGCGAGUUUAUCGCUUCUCUACAUCGAAGAGCAAAGCAGACUCCUAUCAGAUUCAUUCAGAAAGCUCCAGAUGGAGCAGUCACAUGACCUCGACAAGCUCUUGUGGAACUUCAACCAAACCUUCAACCAACAGAUGCUCAAAAUCAACCAGUUUAAUCAAUUCAAGUUAUUCGAGUCUAAUAAAGUAAUAUCCAACCUUGCAAACGACCUUUCGUUCUACAAAAAACUUUUAUUGGUGAACUUUGUCCUUUUGACGGUACUUGUUUGCUUCUUGCUAUUGUCCAAAGACUUACCAGUGGAAAUCCCCAUCCCUCGAAACUACCAGUUUAAAGUCGGGUCUACGAAGAAAAAGUAUAAGAAGAAACUGAAGUACAGGUUCUGA